UACUUAUGAUUUUCCUGUGAAAUAUGUACAUUAAUACACAAUGAAGUAAGUAACGGUAUAAUAUGCAUGUAACUGCAUGUAAAAGAACAGGUGAAAAGUGUACACUUGUGAAAAUUUAUUCAAUGGAUAGAGUCAACUACAUCGUAAGAAAUUCAUUAAAUUAAUGUAGAUAAAGUAAAGAUAUGAAUGGUUAAUGAAGCUAAGUAAGGCGUGAAAUGAAGGAAGUUAUAGAAAACGCUUAAUAAUAAUGGUCAUUGUAUAGAGUGUAAACCAACCUCAAGGUUAGGAUAAUAUUCGUACACUCUAUAGAAAGGUUUACGCUGUGUUCCACCUAUAUACAUGUUCUGCCGGAUAUUGUGUAUCACUAGAAAGUUGUGAAAUGAUAAAAACUUUUUUGAUAAAUAUGUAUGCGAAGAUAGCUUAGUGAAAGAAUAGUUUGGGCAUUAAACCAAGAAAAAUAUUAUAAUUGAAAUAAAGAUUAACGGUUGUCUGUGGGUGAACAAAUUAUCAUUGUGAUGGAAUUUGAAGCACGUGCAUGAAUAACAACAAACGCAUAUGAUGCAGUACUGUGUAAGAUUUGAAGUGCAUGUUUAUCAGUAAACAGGAGUGUGUAUACAAUCUUCAAAAUUUUACAAAGAACCGUGUUGAAAUAUAUAGAUAAACAAGAAAACUUUUAUCGGAUUACUGAAGAUAGGAAUAUUGAUAUUUUAUGUUUUGACUGAUAUACAAGGUAUACUUAGAUUGUGAUAACAUUUCUGAAGGAACCGGUGAUCUGAUUUGAUCAAGGAAUAGUUACAGAAGUCGAAGAUGAGUAUGAGAGGACAAAAUGAGCUAUCAAAAGAGGAGAAAACCAGUCGUUUUGCAAACAAAAGGAAACAAAAACGGGCACAGAGACAUAGAUCUGAUGGAUUUAUGGUUGGUAAAGAUAUCGAUAGUUUGGAAGAUGACGACGAAAUUAAAAUGGAUGCUGUUAAUUUUCUCAUGUGGCUAAAAAAUCCAAAUCUUCAAAAUUUAGUAAAAUUAAGGAAAUGCAUUAAAUCAAACGAUGUUGACUGGAUGACAGAAUUUCUCCAGUUUGACGGCCUAGGGAUGCUAUUCCAAUGCCUGAAAAACUUAGGGUCGUACAAGACCCAUCAUUUGUCGGAUAUGGUUCUGAAGUUAGAAUGUAUAAUGUGUAUUAGAGAGGUAGUAAACUCACAAAGUGGUGUAGAUUGUUUAUUGAAAAUAAAGGAAAGAAAAGACAACAUUUUUGGGCGGAGAUUUGCUUCAGCCCUAGACACAAACAAUGUAAUGGUCAAGAUGCAAAUGUUUGAACUUUUGUCAGCUUUGUGUGUUUACUCUAAAGAAGGUUUCUAUCUGACUUUAGAUGCUAUGGAGCAAUACAGGGUUUGGAGAAAGCUGCCAUAUAAAUUCAGUCUUCUGAUUAAGGAACUUCGUGCUGCCGAUCUGACGUCAUACAGGACAACACUAAUGGCCUUGGUCAAUUCUAUUGUGGUAUCAAAUGAAGAACUUCAAGACAGACAUCGUGUACGCUGUGAUUUUGUAUCUCUAGGAAUUCUUGAUAUUUUAAUACUUUUACGACAAGAUGUUGAUCCAAUCUUAGCCGUGCAGUGUGACGUGUUUGAAGAGGAAUUAGCCGCUGACAACGAGGCUCUAGAAGACCUUAGAGAACAAAGUACAGUUAACAUUCAGGAUCCCAAAGCACUUUUUGAUGCCAUAGACAAAAAGGUUUCUCAUACACCCCUGUCUUACUCAUUGCUGAGUAUACUGUAUAGUCUGUUUCAAAUUGAUCCACAUCACAGUAACAGUGAAGCCACAUGGACAUUGGUAGAAAAACUUACGCAACAAGCAGUAAGUUUAGACUCAACAGAACCUCACCUCAAAAGAGGAUUAUCAAUAAAGACACUCCGACGAGAGGAUAAAGAAGUUCAAACUGAUGAUGACCUUCCACGCAUGCGAAUGUCAUUAGCUAGGGGAAACAAGCUCUCAACAGAAGCAAUACAAGCCGUUUCAUCAGCAUAUUCACAAGCAACAGCGGAUCUACCAACUAAAGAAUAUAAGGGUUCUUCUGCUGCAUUGCCUGUUGCUGCUGGACCAAUUGUUGUGCCACCCCCACCACCUCCUCCGCCGCCACCACCAGGCGGUGUUCCGCCACCUCCGCCUCCGCCUGGCGGUGUUCCGGCUCCUCCACCUCCGCCUGGUGGAGUUCCUGCACCGCCGCCACCACCAGGAAUGGGAGGUCCUCCACCUCCGCCUGGUGUACCAGGGACACUGAAGCCACCAAGUCCUCCUCCACCAGCAAUCUCAACACCCGAUCCAAAUUGUAAAAUGAAGAUCUUCAACUGGAACAAACUACCUCCUGCUUCUUUUAAAAAAACCAGCGUCUGGGCAGAUGUCCUUGGUAUGGAUGACAAGGUGGACGUAGAAUAUAAGAAGUUAGAGGAAUGGUUUUCACAAAAGCAAACGACGCCAGCUGCUCUUCUGAAACCAGAAAAUAAUAAAGCACAAUUAGCAAGAAAGCAUUCCACUUCACAUGAGAUUUCCUUACUAGAUGCAAAGAAAAGCAUGAAUGUAAAUAUAUUCCUAAAACAAUUCCGUAAACCACCAGAUGUGAUAAUACAAUUAAUAAAAGAAGGAGAUCCUAGAUCAGUUGGCGUUGAAAAGCUUAAAAGUUUGAAUAAACUUCUUCCUUCAUCUGAUGAGGUAGACACAUUUACACAGUUUGAAGGUGACAAAGAGAGACUUGGUGAUGCUGAAAAGUUUUUCAUGGAACUAAUUAAACUUUCAGAAUAUGAAUUACGGAUUGAAGCAAUAAUUUUGAAAGGAGAAUUUAAUUCCUUAAUUGGAUCAAUAAGACCAAAUAUUCAAAUUCUGAAUCAAGUUUGUAGAAAGCUUUAUGACAAUCAUUCAAUCAAAUCAUUUUUUCGUUAUAUACUUCAUGCUGGAAACUUCAUAAACAAGAAAAAUAAUUGUGGAAAUGCAGUAGGUUUUAGAAUUAGCUCAUUGAAAAAGCUUGUAAACACUAAAUCUAAUGUUCCUAGAAUGACAUUAUUACAUCAUCUUGUUGAAGAAACUGAGAAGAAAAAUAGGGAUACUUUAGGUUUUGUUGACGAUUUACUGGACCUACUCCAGAAAGCUGCCAGAUUUACAUUAGCACAAACCGUUACAGAAUUUAAUCAACUUAAGAAGCACGUUCAAAGCAUAAAAAGUAAAGUAGAUAAGGUAGAAGAUGAAGAAGUGAAAGGACAGUUUGCAGAUUUUAUGGAUGAAGCUAUGAAUGAUUUGGAAGACGUAGAAGAGGGAAUAAGUCGUGUUAAAGCAUUAUCUACUAAGAUGGCCGAACACUUCUGUGAAAAUGAAAGAUCAUUUAGUUUGGAUGAAUUUUUAGAUACGUUCAAAGAAUUCACUGAAAACAUUAAGACCUGCCAACAAGAAUUGACAACACAGAAAGAACAACAAGAAUCAGCAGAGAAAAGACGGAAAGCACAGGAAGAAAUAUUUAGCAAACGGAGAAGUGGUAAUUAUUUACAUCCCAGUAAAUCUGAGGAUAAGAAGAUUGUUGAUAGCAUUGUUAAUGAAAUAAAACAAGGAAAAGUUCUUCGUCGUCUCUCCUUAAGGAAGAAGGAACCUACUCCGCUCAAAUUAAAUAUACAUCGCGAAGUCAGUCAUUUGUAGUUAUAGAUUAUAGAAGAUUCAGUAGCAAUAACGCCAUUUCAUUUAACCAAACGAUAAUUAUAUUUUGUGAUAUGCAAUUUUAAACUACAGUUUUUUUUUAUAACUGACAGUGUUCAAAUAAAUUUUCUUGCCAAACUUCAUUUAUCAGUUAUAUUUGGGUCGUUGCUGAAUAAAAUGUUAUUAUGAAUCUUUUAUAUAUAUAUAUGUUAUUAUAUUUAUAAAACAUGUGGUGUGGACAUGGAUUAAAAACAGUAGAAUAACGUUAUUUAUACAGUAUUAUAUACGAAUGAGGAUGUAUAAAGCUAUAAGUAUAUUAAACAUUGAUACAAUGUACAUUAUAUACUUCCAAUGAAUCGGUAUCGAUGCAUGGAGGUAUCAGUCUCGGAAGAUACCAUCCAUCUAGUUGUCAGAGCAGUGGUAAAAACUGUGAAUGUACAUCACCACCUCGUUAAGUUAUUCAAUUGUUCUAAAUAAAGGAUGCAAGGCCCUCGGGCAAUGUUGAUUUAAUAUGGAAUAUUGCAUGUUAUGUUGCUAUGCUUUCAAACGACAUGUAUUUUUGUUUUACUUUCCAUAUGUUGGACUCAUGAAGUUUACUCAAGAAACACGCGAUGUGCACACAGCAAAAAUAAAAAUCUUUCUAAGAGCAGCAUAAUAUCCUGACCAACAAGAUGUUAGGAAUAGUUGCACGAAAAGGAAAAAUAAAUGUGCAUGCAGCAUUGUCUUAAACAUUAACAGUUUUCCAUGAAAUGAUUAAACAAUAAACAUUCGUGCACAAAACAUUUCUACCCCAAAAGUUCAUUCCUAAUGAAAGUGAAGAAAUGCGCAUCGAACGCACCAAACAGCAUACACUUGUAUCUGAAUGUUCUUUGCGUACACCUAUAUUUGAAUGUACUUAGCGUACACUUAUCAUGAUUUGAAUGUCCUAUUUAUUAAUCUUAGCAUUCGGGUGUUUCACUCUAAUAUUAUCAGCCAAUUGUAUUCAAUUGAACAGAAUUUUUAUUGUAACAACACCUCAUACUUCUUAUUGCAUUACGAUUAUAUCUGUUCAGUGAUUGUUAUGAGAUAAUCAUUUUCAAAUCUGCAAUAAACUCACUGUUUAUCAAA